AGCUCAAGAAAGUAAGGGAAAGAGCCAGAAAUCCCCUUCCGUGGUGCAACCUGGUUCUCCCGAAAGUGCAGGAACUUCUCAAGGUCACGUUUCGAAAGCUUUCACUCAUGCAAAGUUACCCAAGCUUGAGCUGAAGAAAUUCCAUGGAAAUCCCAUGCAUUGGUAUCCUUUCUGGGAAUCUUUCGAGUCUGCGGUUCACAAGAACCCAAAUCUGUCUUCCGUGGAUAAAUUCAACUAUCUGAAGUCACUUCUCACUGGCACUGCACAAAGUUUGGUCACUGGUCUAGCCCUGACAAGUGCUAACUACGAAAAGGCGGUUGAUCUACUGAAACCAAAAUUCGGAAAUCGGCAGAUGGUGAUCUCUAGCCACAUCGAAGUGCUCACCAAACUCCCCAAGGUGGAAUCUAUUGGCGAAGUUAAGAAACUCCGAAGCUUGUACGACACAGUGGAAUUUCAUGUUCGUGGAUUAGAAGGUAUGGAAAUCUCUUCUGAGAUGUAUGGUUGUUUCUUAAUACCAAUAGUUAUGCAGAAAUUACCGGAGGAAUUUCGAAUCGCUAUCACUCGCAAUCUGGAAUCGGAGACAUGGAAUCUGAAAGAUAUUUUGGUUGAAUUUCACAAGUAACUGGAACUGAGAGAACAAUGUCUUGUCAACAACAAAGAGUUCAGAUCCUCAAAUCAGAGAGGUGGGUUGCCACUUUCUACAUCAGCUUUCUACACUGACAGUUCUAAGGAUAAGCAGUCUUCUCGUGUUUGGUGUUCAUUUUGCAAUCAAAACGAUCAGAGUUCUAAGUGUAAUGUUGUCACAAGUACUGAAUCUAGAAAGGAAGUUCUAAAAA